AUGGACCGAAACAACAGAGGGAACUCAGAGAAGCAGAGACGUUGUGAUUUGCUCAAGGUCACCGAGGUCAUCCCCUUCUCCGGGAAAAUCCAGGGGGGUCUCCAGGACGGACUUAAGAUCACUGUCAAUGGGACCGUUCUCUACUGCAAUGGAACCAGGUUUGCCGUGAACUUUCACAGUGGCUACAGUGACAGUGACAUUGCCUUCCACUUCAACCCUCGGUUUGAGGAGGGUGGCUAUGUGGUCUGCAACACGAAGCAGAACGGACGCUGGGGGCCAGAGGAGAGGAAGAUGCAUAUGCCCUUCCAGAUGGGGAAUCCAUUUGAGCUCUGCUUCCUGGUGGACAGCUGGGAUUUCAAGGUGAUGGUGAAUGGGAACCAUUUUAUGCAGUACUCACACCGCGUGCCCUUCCACCGCGUGGACACCCUCUCCAUCACCGGGGCUGUGCAGCUGUCCUACAUCGGCUUCCAGAACACCCGAGUAAACCUUACCCAGCCUGCCUUCUCCACGGUUCAGUUCUCCCAGACUGCCUGUUUCCCACCCAAGCCCAAAGGGCGAAAGCCAAAAUCUACAGGCAUUUGGCCAGUCAACUCGGCUCCCAUUACUCAAACUGUCAUCCACACCGUUCAGAGCACCCCUGGACAGCUGUUCCCUAAUCCUAUCACCCCACCUAUGGUGUACCCCACCACAACCUAUCCGAUGCCUUUCUUCACCUCCAUCCUGGGUGGGCUGUACCCCUCCAAGAGCAUCUUCGUGUCGGGCACCAUCCUGCCCACUGCCCAGAGGUUCCACAUCAACCUGCGCUCCGGGAGUGACAUUGCCUUCCACCUGAACCCCCGUUUUGAUGAGAACGUCGUGGUCCGCAACACACAGAUCAACAGCUCUUGGGGAUCUGAGGAGCGAAGCCUGUCCCGAAAAAUGCCUUUUGCCCGAGGCCAGAGCUUCUCGGUGUGGAUCACGUGUGAAGGCUACGGCUUCAAGGUAGCCGUGGAUGGUCAGCACCUGCUGGAAUACUGCCACCGCCUGAAGAACCUGCCCGCCAUCAACAACCUGGAAGUGGGGGGCGACGUCCAACUGACCCACGUGCAGACCUAGCUGGGCUCCCUGGCCCUGGGGAUGAGGGUGGGCCCUGUUGCCUACUGCCUCUGCUCCUCACCUCACUCUUCCCUGUCCCUCUCCCUGUCCCUGCCCCAGGCUUUCCCAGCCUGCUGAGGAGCUGGGGCUUUUCUGGAGAGAAAGUGUGUUUGUCUGCCUCUGCUUCGGGCUACGGCCAGGCUGGCGUCGAGGAGGCACCUGGUGGGGGCUGCCUUCCUCAGUCAGGGCGGCGCCCGGGGCUGCGGCUGCCCAAAUCCUACCAUCUGAGGGGAGGCCGGUGGUCCCUGCGGGCUAAGCCCCAUGUCCAGUCCCCUUGGCAGAAAGGGAGGGUCCUGGGCCUUCCCAAGCUCCCAGACCAGGCCUACACCCCGUCUGCCUCUCAGCCACAUUCCCACCCCUGCCAAUCCUCUCCAUCUCAGCCCCUGGAGGCGGCCUCCCGGGCCCUACCUUCAACCUUUCCUUACACCCGGGUCCCACCCUCCCCACUCCAGGAAAGAUAGCCUGAUACUCCACUGGUCUCCACCAACUAACAGCACCUUUCUCAACAGGGGGCUCUUCUCUUUGCUCUUUCAAAGAAAGUCAAAUGCUUGUUGGCACAUA